CCACGCAACGAUCAAGUAACAAAAAACAAAACAGAGAAGAGAAGAAAACAAGUCAGAGACGACGAUUGCAAACAAGCCGUGUGGUGAGCUUGUUGUUGAAAAAUGUCGGCCAACAGAGAGCGGCGGCGGUUCACCAUCGAGGACGCCUUUGAGGAGGAGACGGACGAUGCCAUCCGCGUGUACGGUUCGACGACGGAGCGGUCACCGCUCAAGCCCAAAGUGCGGACCAACGGCACCAUUCCCGAGGACAACAUCGUCGUGCGCAUCGACAACGGAGAGCCGCGCUCGCCCGUGCCCCUAAAAAGUCCCGACGACACCGCCUCGCGGGACAGCGACUCGCUGAUUCAAGAGAACUUCUCACCAGGGAUGUUUGACCCUUCCAAGUCGUGUUGGCAGCACCCCAAAAUCAGGGAGAAUUGGAAAAUGGUCCUUGCUGCCAUCGUUCUUCUGCUCAUCGGAAUAGGUCUCCUCACGACUGGCUUCCUGGCAGCGCUACUUCCAAUCGAGGGCCUACAGUCGGCCGUGUUCUUCAUUGCCGGCGCCAUCUGCUUCAUUCCCGGUGCGUACCACGUAGUCUACAUUUACUUGGCCGUCAAAGGCUGGCAGGGCUUUGACUUCUACCACCUGCCACUUUUCAACUGAGUGUCCGGGCAGCAAAUUUGUUGUCAUGUACAAAUCUGAGGUCCGCAGAGCUAGGAACUUAAACAUGACUAAUCAUCGACAAACAAGAACUGACUGAUUUCACCGAAUCAUGAAAUUAAUAUUGUGCUUCGAAACUGGGAACGCGUCCAAUUGCGAGCAAGUUUUUGAAACUCGAGCCGCUUGGAAUGGUCAGUCUUGGCAUGACACCACAACUGACGUUGAACAGAAUGAACCUAGAUUGUAGGACCGCUUUCCGUGUACUCUUAUCUGCUGCAUCUAUCAGAUUAUUCUGUUCCGACUCGAGAGAGAAUCUCUCUCGGCAAAAGUAGCGCAACUUUUUUGCAUUGUAGUAAUUUAUUAAGCGCUGGAUUCUUUGAGUCAAUGACUGCAAUUGUAACGAAGGGCAGGUUUUGCACUGAUAUUGUUUGUCUGCAUUUUUCUCAUGGUUCCGUGACAUUUGAAUUUCAAAUCCAGCUUCUGGGGUUGCGUCGCCUCGAGCCAAAAAUUUAUUUCAUGGUCUCAUGAUUCAUAAUUGAGUAUCCACUAAGUCAUUCAAUUUCAAAUCUUUGCCCCCAACGUCUGGAAGUGUUAAUUUUUAAGGACAAUUAUUUGCUUUUUCUGUCUAAAAACCGGCCGCUUUGAUGAUAAUCCAAAUUGGAUGAAAACGCAGCUAAUUCAAGCUUUUCAAGAAAAGUGUGUAUUUAAAUAAAACUACAGAAAUGUGAUGGUUGGGUGGCAAGUACAGAGGGCUGAAGGAAACAUGAAUCACUAGUGCUGGCAACUGAAAAUAACAUUGAAAAGCUAUUUUGCAAAUAAUAUUAUCGAAAUUUUAUUUUUUCUAUCGUCACGCGUGCUUUAUUGAGUUUAUUCCAAAUGUUUAUUUCCAUCUCAAUAUUUUUAUGUUUUGCGUUUAUUUUAUUUUUAAGGCCAGCAAGUACAAGGCUGUGAAAAUGUAAAUAAAUAUGUGGGAUUGCUGAUGCUUUUGAUGUAAAUUAAUAUAACUAUGGAAUGCGUUUUUUUUUUUAAUAUUAUGAAUUAACGCUUCUGUGCGGUGUCGCCAUCCAACUUUUUGAAUGUAUUUUAGGCAAUUUUUAUAAGACAACGCUGAGCCGUGAUAAUUUACUCCAAUCACGGUUGUACUUUCAUUGCAAUUACUUAGUUCAUUAGAAUCACGGUGUUUCCUAAAUAAGUCUUUAGAGAGAAAAAUUUAUAGAUCCCUAUUUUUCCCACCCAAACACUGAAAGCCGAUAAAACUCUUGAUGAAUUGUCCAUCUCAAUAUGCAUUGUUGAAAAAGCAAUGCGAAUAUAUGCUCAUUUGAAAUGAAUUCUGUACAUAGGAUAAAUAUUUACGAAAGCUGCUAAAUAUGUACUUUGAACCUGCAGGAACGUAAUAAAAUUUUAUAAAUUAUUCAAAAUGAAAACG